CAUAAUGAUAGUAACAAUGAUCAGACUCAUUCUUCUACUUCUCUUCUCCUCCCUUCUUCCACCAAUCCUCACCGUCUAUCCCCCACCCUACGACGGCUCCGAUUUCAUCCGUACGAGCUGCUACACCACACUCUACCCUGACCUCUGCUUCUCGUCUCUCUCUUCAUUUGCUAACUCCAUCCACAAUGACUCGAACCGCCUCGCACGUGCAGCCAUCUCUCUCACUCUCUCCAACACGCUUCACCUUGUCUCCUACCUCCAAAACCUCUCAUCUCAUGGCUGCGUUGACCAUGGUUGUGGUGGUAGACCUAACCACCCAACCGAUGCAGUCAUCCUCAAGGACUGCUUCGAGAAUCUUAAGGAUGCUGUCCAUGAGAUGAGAGGUUCAAUGAAACAGAUGAAGGCGCUUGUCUCCACGGUCUCGGUCCAGUCGUUUAGGUUUCAGAUGAGUCAUGUCAAGACUUGGCUUAGCGCAGCUCUUACUUAUGAGUAUACUUGUACGGACGGGUUUGAAUAUUUUCACGAUGACGGUUCCAUCAAAGAUGACGUCUGUACGCGAGUGAAUGAGGUCAAGAAGCUGACCAGCAAUGCCCUUGCUUUAGUUAACCUCUACGCCGACAAGGCAAUACCAUAAUCGAAUAUAUAUCCGUCAUCGAUCAAAGUCUUGGAAGAUUGAAUUUGUAUACAUAAAACUGUAUUAAUUAAUAAAUAAAGAGUUACUAGUCGUUGCUGUCUGAAUGUCUGUUAUGGAUACUGUUUGUGUGACUACUUUUCCUUACUUGUUAAUA